UUCAGUAUUGAAAAAGAGCACUGCUGAGGUGAAGCUCAAAACUUCUGUUACAUCUUAACAAAUCAGAAUUUAAACUGCAGAAAAUGCAAAUUUUGAUUUUCUUCUUUCUUGCUGUCCAACUUUGCCAAAUCAAUUCGGCAUUGGCAGAAAGUCAGCCAGCAGUUCAUGUCAAAGCCAUACCAAGAUCUUGUCUUGACUACCUGAGAGACGGGACAACAACGAAUGGAUACUACUCUAUUGCCGGACCAAACGGGGAAUCUAUUCAUGUCUAUUGCGACUUCACUUCAGAACCAGGCUCAGCAUGGACCCUGGCUGUUUCAUGGACCUCAUUAAACAGCAACAUGGCUGCCUUCAGAAGCACACCCUUCUCUGUGGAUAUGCCAGUUAACGAAAGAACGCCAAAUUGGGUGGCUUACAGGCUCUCAAAAGCUCAAAUGCUUUCUAUCAAGGCCCAUUCAACGCACUGGAGGGCUACAUGCAGUUAUAACAGAUUGAGUAAUAGCGUCGACUUCACCGAUUACGUUAGAGCAAACUUAAAGGCCAUUGAUAUCACGUCCUAUCUUGGGCAUGGAAUAUGCAAGAAAGUUGAAUACAUCAACAUUCGUGGUCAUGCAGCCUAUCAGAAGACCGCUAGGUUUUGGCAAGUGCUGAAUACAUAUUUUCUACACAUUGACAGUUCCAUUUCGGGCGAUACUUGUGAGUUUGGAGCAAAGCUAGGAGCAGCUACGAGUGAAGACAAUUUUGGGUUUUAUGAUUCACGAAACAAGAACUUCAGAUGCACUGCUUAUCCAGAAUCAACCACCCAGUACUGGUUUGGUGGCUACUUAUGAAGCAAUGACUUCAAUCUUUGAUUUUCAGAUUUAUUUAGCUGUCCUUUACACUUAUAUUUGACAAUAUGUUUUCAAAUUAACUAAGGUUUCUUUUUACUUAUAUUUCAUGACACGGCAAGUAGCAGUGAAUUUCUGCUCUCUCUCUCUAUCAAGAUUGACUGAUGUGUUGUUCAAGAGAACUCCUUGUCCAGCGUAAUUUUCUCUACUUUGCUAAUGUUUUUGCUCUUGUUUAAUGAGAAUUUAUUCCUUGC